GAGUCAGAAAAUCCCGACAGUCGUUUAGCCAAUAGGAGCUCAGUGUAGCCUCGUUUUGGGUUUCACGCUUAGCCAAUCAAGGUGUAUAGGCAGUGAACGGUCUUGAAGAGUGGCUGCAGCGGUUGAAGGUCGCGAUAGUGUUCAGCAUGGCGGAUUUUGACAAGGACUUUGACUUGUCCGGUGUGGGCGCUAGUCCCGCGGAGACGGCGGAGCUGCAGAGAAUGCUGGCCGUGGAGCAGCAGAGAGCGCAGUUCACAGCUCAGGUUCACAAAUUUAUGGACGUGUGUUGGGACAAGUGCAUGGACAGACCUGGUACUAAGUUAGAUUCAAGAACAGAGAGCUGCCUAGUCAGCUGCGUGGAGCGUUUUAUCGACACAACCCUAUCCAUUACCAAUCGCUUUGCUCAGCUUGUAGAAAAAGGAACUCAAUGACAUUGAUAUAUAUGGACUCAUAUCUCUGCCAGCAAGUGUAAUGUCAACUCAAUGUUACUGAAAUCCCUUCUUAGUACUGGUGACAUAGAUGUUCAGCUGUGUUUUAUUAUUAUCCUUUGAAAUGUAUAUAAACCUGCAGAUAAAAGUAAUUAAAUCUCUGUCCUAAAUAUU